AACGACCACUGUCACCUCACCUCCUCACCACCUCCCGCUCAGUUUUUCCUACUUUUAACACAAAGCACUGAUAUUCUUGCUCACAACGAGUUUCAUUUCAUACAUGCACCGUGGACAAGACGAGGGUGAGUUAAACCAUCAGUUUGCACCUAUAAAUCAAAUUAACAUCAACAUGUCCGUGUUGAAUGUUUGCAUCUGUGUCGGCCUCGUGCUGUCCCUGCCUCAGUGUACGUAUCAGUCAUGCACAGAUGGGAAACCCAAAGAGUGCCUAGAAGCAGAUUUUGCUCCAGGCUCCAAUUUGGCCGGGGAAGGUUUCGAUAUCACGAAAAUGGAACGUAAAGGAGCCUAUGUGCUCGAUAUGAAACUGUGGAAACGGAAAAAAGACAAAACAUGCACCCUGUGUACCAACCCCUACCUGGAGAACAAAAAGCAGAAGCUCCCCUUGUCGGUGGUGGACUGGAGAACGAAGCAGUCCUGCAAUGCUAAAGUGGCGACUUCAGUCCACCGAUCCAGUGAGUCUCUACUCACUUCCAGCACAUCCAAGGUUGACAACGACUGGAAGGCAGGUCUAGAGGUUGAUGUGGGUGAUAAAAGUGGUUCAUUGAUGCUGGCUGGCAGCGACUCGAAACUGGCUGAGUACUCAAUGGAGAAAACAAAGAAUGACAAGUACAGUUUCACAACCCAAAGCAUGUCCUGUGAAUUCUACAGCUACCGAGUGUCCAAGACUCCCAAGUUGCAUAGAGAAUUUCGCAAAGCGGUGAAAGAACUGCCCAAAAUCUACAGUGCUGAGUACAAGCAACGUUUUUACAAACUGAUUGACGACUUUGGCACCCAUUACAUCACCAAGGUGAAAUUGGGAGGAGAUGUUCAAUCUGUGACCAGCAUCAGGCAGUGCAUGGCCAGCCUGCAGGGCCUCAGUGUGGAUGAGGUGCAGAUGUGCCUGGAAGUGGAGGCGUCCGCCAGCAUCAAAGCUACAGCAAAAGCUGAAGCGAAACACUGCAAGAAUGACAUUGACAAGACGGAGAGUAAGUCAUCCUUCUCCAGCACCUUCAACGACAGGUUCACACAAAUAACGGGGGGCCAUACCACGGAGCCAGACCUUCUCUUCUCUUCUGAAAAAAAUCCAUCAGCCUACAAGGAAUGGCUUACCACAAUACCACUCAAUCCAGACAUCAUCUCAUAUUCUCUGGACUCUCUGCAUGAGGUACUGCCUGUCAAAAACCCUGCUCGAAAGAACCUACGAUCAGCCAUUAGCCAUUACAUCCUGGAGAAAGGUCUGUUGAGGAACUGCAGCAACCGCUGUCAGGCUGGCAUCAAGACCGACUCAAGGGAUCCCUGUGUCUGCCAAUGCCAUAAUAACCCUAAUGUCACCCCAGACUGCUGUCCGGCCCGUAGAGGCAUGGCACGUGUCAUCAUAACUGUAAAAAGGGCCGCUGGUCUUUGGGGAGACCACACAACUGCCACAGACGGGUACGUGAAAGUGUUCUUCAACAAGCGGAUGGUGCAGCGUACUCCUGUCUUUUACAACAACAACAACCCCCGCUGGGCCACGGUCGUCGACCUGGGCAUCGAGAGUUUGUCAGAGGCACCUGCAGUGAGAUUUGAAGUGUGGGACGAGGACAACAAGUGGGACGACGACCUCCUGGGAGAAUGUGGGCGACCUGUAUCUGCUGGAGUGAAGGAGGAUCUCUGCAAUCUGCAGCAUGGCCAGCUUUUCUACAAAGUGGAGGUGAUAUGUGCUCCAAGUCUGAGUGGACAGUUAUGCAAGGACUAUAAACCUUCACCUAUGAGUCCAAGUCUGCAUAAGCUGUAUGUGUCCCGUCAUGCCCACCGUAUUCCAAAGGAAAUGCUGUUGAAGAUGGGGGUUUUUGUGAAUGGAACAAGCUCACAGAGAAAAAUGAAUCUUACUUCUGUGAGAAAAAGGUUUGAUAUGUUAUAAUACUUGUAUUUGGCUUUACUGAGGUUUACAUUCAAGGUGUUACCAUCAUCUUUUGGCAGCAUUUAGCCCACCAUAUUCCAAAGGCCAUGCUGUUAAAGAUGUUGGUUUUUGUGAAUGAAACAAGUCCCACAUAGAGACCAGACUGCUGUAAAUAUGUUGAUGAGAUAAAAUAACCAUCUACUGCUUCACUGAGACU